AUGAUACUUUUAAUUCAAAACUGUAUAUGGGAUCCAAGAUAUUAUUCAUUUAUAGUACGUCCAACACGACGAUCAGGUCAUCAUCAUGAGAAACGAUGGCUUCCUACAUCACGACAUCGAUAUCCAUAUUCACUAGCAGCAUCUCAUGUAGAUAUGGGUGUGAGACGCCAUCGAUCAGAUAGAUACAAUUCACAACACGCUCAUCAUUCAUCAAAUUCAAAAUUUCAAGGUGAUAUGUUAAAAUUACAUAAUUAUUAUCGUGCACGUCAUUGUGCACCACCACUUGUUUUAAGUCAACAAUUAAAUCAAAUUGCUCAAUCAUAUGCUGAACAUUUAGCAGCUACAUCAACAUUCGAACAUAGUGGAAAUCAAUUAGGAAGUGAACAAUUAGGAGAAAAUCUCUUUAUGCAAUGGAUAUCUUUUGGCCGACCAACAGCUUCUGGAAGAGAAGCAAUGCAAAGUUGGUACAAUGAAAUAGGAAUGUAUGAUUUUGACAAACCAAAAUAUUCAAAAGAAACUGGUCAUUUUACACAAAUGGUAUGGAGAUCAUCGAGAAAAUUAGGCGUUGGAAUAGCUUAUUCACCUAAGGGAAAUGAAGUUUAUAUUGUAGCUAAUUAUUAUCCAGCUGGAAAUACAAUUAAUCCAGGUUAUUUUGAAAAUAAUGUUUUACCACCGAAUUGUUAA